GCAUCGUGAUAGACUAUGUAAAAAGCGUUGGCGCUAGCUUCGGGCUGACAGUUAGCAGGAAAACCUUCGUCCAACAUAAAGAUGUGUGUGUUUCUAAAUGAAAUCAUAUAUAUUUACAGUAAUAUAUCUGUCAGACUUUUUUUUGGCUCCGGUGAUUCUGUCACUUGUUGUUUAAGAGCCUUUUACAAGCUACGUUAAAUAUUUAGCUCCAGUAAACAACCAAAGCUAAGUGGUUAGCUACCUCAGUUUACGCAUCAUCUUUUAUGUGUUGUUUUUGUGAUGGAUGACGAUUUUAUGCUAGCUCUUCGGCUCCAGGAGCAGUUUGACAAUGAAUACGAGACACCAUCAUAUUCAACCAGUGCCUUUGAUGAUGAAGGCUUCGGACAGAGCAGUAAGAAGCGGAAAGUGGAGGUAUCUGGAAGUAGUGUUGUUCCCUACUGGAAGCCAAAAGCGCAGCCCGAUAGGCCGCUGUCCAUCGUAGACUCCUCCUGGGAGACGCUGGACCCCAGUCCCGAUGUCAGAGCCAUGUUUCUGGAGUUCAAUGACACCUUCUUCUGGGGGAAACUCAGCGGUGUGGAGGUGAAGUGGAGCGCAAGGAUGACACUGUGUGCUGGUGUUUGUUCUUAUGAGGGCCGAGGGGGUCUGUGUUCGAUCAGACUCAGUGAGCCUCUGCUGAAGCUUAGACCAAGGAAAGACCUGGUACAGACUCUCCUUCAUGAAAUGAUUCACGCGCUGCUGUUCGUGACCCAGAACAACCGAGACAGAGACGGUCACGGCCCUGAGUUCUGCAAACACAUGAACCGCAUCAACGAUGCCACUGGGACAAAGAUUUCUGUCUACCACAGUUUCCACGAUGAGGUGGACGUGUACCGGCAGCACUGGUGGAAAUGUGACGGGCCCUGUCAGAACCGCAAGCCCUACUUCGGUUUUGUGAAGAGGGCCAUGAACCGGGCCCCUUCUGCUCAGGAUCCGUGGUGGGGGGACCACAUGAGGACGUGUGGAGGGACCUACACUAAGGUCAAAGAGCCGGAAGGAUACGGCAAAAAAGGCAAGAAGAACGAGAAGACCUCAGAGAAGAAGGCUUUGGGAAAGGAAAAGCCUCGGAGCACAACUACAGUUUCUGGAUCCCAGGACAUAAGGAACCUCAUCCCAUUCAGUGGCAAAGGCUUCCUGCUCGGAGGGAAUCCCUCCCUCACAGCAGUGGUGCCUCCUUCUCCAAAGAAGCUCUUCCCGCCAUCAUCUCCAGCUAAAAGCCUUACUUCUCCUGUUCGGCCCCGGGAUCCGAGGCAGAAGCCGCCUAAGAACAGGUCUGUCAGCAACACCAGGGCUUUUGUCAACAUCAACGGCUCGCCAGUGAGAAUCACCAAACCCAGCAGUGGUAGCAACCGAAGCCAAGACGCAGGUAGACUCAGUCAGAGGUCCAUCGAUGGCGUCUUCAACAGCGCCAGCCUCAGGAAGCCAACGGGUCUAUCCUCUGACACGGAAACUAAAAGAGAUUCUCCCAAUGCGGCUCUCUCUGCGUCUGCCGUCAUUCCUAAACAGAAUAACAAUCUAACAUCCAGAGGGAGUCCGAGUAAACCCAGCCAUUCUGGGGGCUCAUCGGGAACCAAAGGCAGCCCUGUUAAACCAACUCAGUCCAAGUAUUUCAGUCAUACGAACAGCGGCGGCACAUCAGGAGCUGCUCCGGCGUCGAGGAAGAGGCCGUGGGAUGACCGUGGGAACUCCUCCAGCAUCCAUGACUUUUUCCAGAAAACAUUAGGCAGCGAUUCAGCAGCGUCGAGGGACUUGGGGAAGACAAAAUCUCCCGCAAUGCAGCAAAGAACGGCCACUGCCACCUCCUCUGCAUCCUCCUCUACUUCUUCUAUCCCUUCCUCUGCAGGGAUGCUCACUUUUACCCCCCCCACGUCUUCCACAUCGUCCUCCUCCGCACUGACGGUCAGCUGUCCUGUGUGCCAGGCGCAGGUGCAGGAGUCAAAGAUCAACCAGCAUCUUGAUUCCUGCCUCUCCUAAAUGAGCAGAAGAGGCUUAACGGGACGUUGCUAUGAAGUUUAAAUGUUAGGAGGAGUUUCAGGUGUUGAGUUUUAGUGACUCCCUCAAGUCAAAAUACUUUACCUUUUAUUUGAUGGUUAGGCACAGUUUAUGUGGUUUUCAGUAUUACCUCACUGUCACAAGUGCCAUCUGACAUUGAAUGCCCACAGCAGGGUAUCACACAUAAUGUAAGGUACUUUGACUUGAUUUAAUUAUUUCUUUUCCAUCUGGCGAAGUCUAAUUGCAGUAAUUCUCUCUGGAGGUGAGGGGACUUUGUGUAUCAGACAUUGAAGCAUUGUUUUUUAUCAUAUGUACACCAUUUUACUUUUAGCUCUCAAGGUGCUGCAUUCCUACUUUGAAGCGUUUCAUGAGGGUUAAUUGGAUUGAUACGAUGUGAAAGCUGACUGAUUGUGUUUUGAAUCCAGCAGCUGCUGUUUUGUGUGUUGUGUGUGUGGAAAGGAUAUUUUUAGCUCCUCCGGGGGUGGAUGUGUGUCUGUAGUCGGAUGGAUCCUCCACCUAAAAUCUGCUGGUGCUGCCCUUCAGCCGCACACACCGCCUGACCUCUGCUGAUCUGCAGGAGUCAGGUUUCAGGCGGACCAGCUAUUUAUUCCUGCACGUCUUUGCAUUUACACUGCAGGGGUCAGGAGGUGCAGGGGGGUCUGACUGUGUCUGUAAUUCAGUUGAUGCUACAGAUCCACAGCAGACACACUAAGGUUGUUUUUUUAACUUGUACCUGUUUUAAGGUAAAUGUUUAGAGUUCAAAAUGUAAAUUUUACUGCUACUUACAGAUCAUUUUAUAUAUAUUUGUUCUUUUUUAUACAUUGGAGGAAAGUUUUGAAUAUGUUGAGAUGGUGUUGCCAAAUAAAACAUUUUUACAGUUUGA